GUGAUCAAUCCCAUCUUCUUCUCCAUUAGACUGAGAAGAGUGAGAGCUGAGAGACAUUCCUAGUAAGAAACUUAAGGGUGGAGUUUGUGAGAGAUAGACACAACUAUCUAUAUAUACAUCUGACAUGAUCCAUUUCCCUUAAGCACAAUUCAACUCCAAAGUUAUAACCAAUUGUUCUUUUGCCUUCCACUUUCAAGCUUGGGUUUUCUUUGAAUACCUAUCUAGACAUAGUUCUUAUAUCAUUAUCGUUUUAGUACAAUUUCGGUGCAUGCUACCUGCCUUAUCUUAAACAUCAUCAAGAAAAAUGGGUUCAAUGAACAAUAACUGGCUUUCAUUUCCUCUUUCUCCAGUUCACUCUUCCUUAUCUCAUUUGCAUUCAUCUCAAAAUAAUCAGUUCUCGCUUGGGUUAGUAACCGAUGGUAUGGACCACUCUUUCGAAAACCCUGCUGAUUGGAACUUGAUGAAUGCUCAUGGUGGCGGUGUCGGCGAUGAAGUCCCGAAAGUUGCAGAUUUUCUUGGUGUUGAGAAAUCAGAUAACCAUAAUGACUCAUUAGUAUUCAAUCAAAUACCUACACCAACUCAAGCAGAUUAUCUCUUGUCUAACUGCAAUCCUCAAGUUACCGACAUAUCUCCUUCUGAUGGCAGUGCCAAAGACUUUAAAUCUUCUCAAGGAAAUGUUGGAAAUUUGCAGUCACUAACACUGUCUAUGGGCACUGGUAAGGGUUCAAACACAACUGAUGAAGGAAAUAGCGCUAUUACCACCACUGUUGUUGAAGAAGCACCAAGAAGGGCUAUUGAUACAUUUGGGCAACGAACUUCUAUAUACCGAGGUGUAACAAAGCAUAGAUGGACUGGUCGAUAUGAAGCUCAUCUUUGGGAUAAUAGUUGCCGUAGAGAGGGUCAAUCAAGAAAAGGUCGACAAGUCUAUCUUGGUGGGUAUGACAGGGAAGAAAAAGCUGCCAGGGCUUAUGAUUUGGCUGCUCUGAAGUACUGGGGAACCUCUACAACAACAAAUUUUCCUAUAAGUAUUUAUGAAAAGGAAUUAGAAGAAAUGAAGAAUAUGACUAGGCAAGAAUUUGUUGCAUCUCUCAGAAGGAAAAGUAGCGGUUUUUCUAGGGGUGCUUCCAUGUAUCGUGGAGUUACAAGGCACCAUCAACAUGGUAGAUGGCAAGCAAGGAUUGGGAGGGUGGCUGGAAACAAGGACCUAUACUUGGGCACAUUCAGUACUGAAGAGGAAGCAGCGGAGGCUUAUGAUAUUGCUGCAAUAAAGUUCAGAGGAUUGAAUGCGGUAACUAACUUCGACAUGAACAGAUAUGAUGUUAAAAGCAUACUUGAAAGCAACACACUACCCAUUGGAGGAGCAUCUAAGCGAUUAAAGGAGACUCAGGACACCGAAACACUGCGUAAGAGAGAGGAAAUUAAAGCUAUUGGUUCGAGCUUCUACGAUGGAAAUUCAACGGUUGGUGGAUUCCAAGGUUAUCCAAUGGUACCUCCGUUUGAACAAACUUCUCAGCCAUUACUAGCUUUACAAAACCAACAGAGUUAUCAUCAUUAUACCCAAGAGGCGCCACAUCUUCAAAAUUACAUGCAAACUCAUCAGUUGCUCCAUAACCCUAAUAGCACUUCUUCUUUACUUCAUUCAAGCCAAAGUGGGUCUCAAUUUCAUCAAGGUUUUUAUCAAAAUCAACCUACCAUGCUACACGGUUUAAUGACAAUGGGUUCAUCUUCAUCGUUGAUGGGAAGUAAUGGAAGUUCCAGCAAUGGUUAUGAUGAGGCUGCAUAUUUUGGUAACGGGCUUGGAUUGACGGCAACUUCAUCGUCAACAGGAAAUGCUGGUGCUGGUAUUGGAUCAAUGACAGAUCUUGCACUCGUUAAAGUUGAUUAUGACAUCAACUCUGGUGGCUAUGGCGGAUGGCCAGCGGAAACCGUUCAUGGAAAUGGUGCAAACCCAGGCUCAUUUACAAUGUGGAAUGAUAAUUGAUGGCAUGAAUGAGAUGAGAUAAGUUGAAGUGACUGUAUCUUAUAGAUAAUGAUGAUGAACCAUGCGUGGAUGGAUUUAUUAUGGUUAAUUUGCUUUACUUGGUUUGAUCUAAGUGUAGUUUUUUUUCUGGUUUGAACUAUUUUUCUUUUUUAUAGA